AUGGCUGAGCUGGAGCCUCAGCAAGCUCGCCGACUUUCGGCUGACAACCAAACUAUCUCCAGAUCCGAAAUUCCGCUGAAGGAACGGUUCUUCCGUUACUUCCAACAUGAAAUCACCGCUCUGCAGCAGGAGAUGGACCGGCUUGCCGAUACAUCGCUCGUGGGUGGCGAGCGAGCCGAUGCUACGGAUCACUGCCUUGCCGGCAUUGUGCGUCUAUCCAAUGAAGUCAAAGAUGCUGCAAGCUACAUCCCUACCUAUGACCAGAGAGUCUAUGCUGAGGCGAUCAAAGCCUUGCAGGAGAAAUUGAAUGAAACUAGAGCGGCAUUCGAACCCCGAGCCAAGUUCAGUUUCAAGACAAAGAAGAACGCCUCGGCUAUCUCUCUGUCUGAUGCCGCCGUCCUCGCUGCCGAAGGUCGUCGCGGUGUUCCUGGCUAUCGCUCUCCUGGGGCAUCGUCAGUUGGCUCGUCGGCCAACAGUACCCCGAACUAUCCAUCCACCCCGUUGAACGAACCGGAUAAGCAGCAUCAAGAGCGGCCGGAGAUUGCACCGACUUCUUUCCCGGCCAUGUCUGACGCAGAUAUGGAGUCAAAAGCGCCGGCGCAGUACAAGGCAUCCCAUUCGUUCGCAGCCCAGGGAAUUUCCAAUGUUUCCGUUGACAACCACUACGGCCUUCACAUAAUGCUACCUGCUUCCGGCUCCACCUCUACAGUUCCUGCCUCCAUCACUUCUCUACGGCACUGCGUCGUGGAUAUGUCGAUUCCGACCGCGGAUGGCAAGCCUUAUGCGAGCUUGACGGUGAAGAACAUCGAGGAAAGCUUGUUGAUCUGUGGCCAAGUCAAUGGACCAGCACAUAUCACGGGAAUGGAUCAUAGCGUCAUAGUCGUCUCGUGCCGACAGUUCCGCAUGCACAACUGCAAGGACGUCGAUGUCUACCUCAGCUGCUCGAGUAAUCCCAUCAUCGAGGAUUGCUCCAAUAUCCGGUUCGCCCGGAUACCAAAGGCUUACGCCUUGGACCAUGAUCGCCUUGAUCACGAGGAUCGCUGGAGUCAAGUGGAGGAUUUCAAAUGGAUCAAACCGGAGCCUAGCCCCAACUGGAGUCUCCUGGAUGCGAGCGAUGCAGUUCCGGAGGAAGUUUGGGCAGAAAUUGUUCCCGGUGGGCCGGGCUGGUCUCUUGAGGAUAUUUUGCAUGCCAUCAAGCUUGUGAAAGGGUGA